AUGCCGCCGCCCGACUACCCGCGGCUGCCGACCAGCUACACCCUCGACCGCGCGCGCCUCGACACCAUCCACCUCUCGUCGCCUGCACCGCCGCCCUCCCGCGACCGCGACCUCGACCUCGACCGCGCCGUCCGCGCAGCAGCAGCUCUCGCACUUGCAGCGCACGCAGGCGAGGACCGCUUCGCCUUCGCCGUCACCGGUGGCGCCAUCGUCCAGGGCGAGCUCGACCUCGCCGCCUCGCUCGAUCGGCUCCUCGCCCAGGUCGAGGUGGGGCACGACGACGACAGCGCGCUCGAGGGCGCAGACGCACCCCGGCUCGCCGUCUUCGCCCAGGGCGAGGGCCGAGGACCCGCGGCGCGACCACCGGCGCCGCUCCAGCUCGAACAUGCCCUCGUCGACGACGGCAAGCGCCUCGCGUUCGUCCUCACGAGCGACACGAGCGUCGUGCCGCGCCUCGAGGCCCAGUGGUUCCUCGAGCACGUCCACACGGCCGCCCUCGACAUCCUCACCGCCGACCACGACCGGCCCCUGUCGUCCGUCGCGCUCGCCCCGCCGCACGAGGCCCAGGCGCUCGAGCGCUACUCGUCGUGCCCGUCGACGAUCCACGAGCCAGACGCCUACCCUCCCUCCGUCAACACCCUCGCAUCGUUCUUCCUUCACGCGGCACAGCGCCACCCGGACGACCCGGCCCUCCACUUCAUCCCCUCGCCCUCUGAGCCGGACCGCGCAGGCGCGCUCCGGCUCUCGUACGCCCAGCUCUCGCACCUCGCCCACUUCCUCGCCGCCCACCUUCUCCUGUCGUCCCCGUACCCGACGUCCACCGGCGCCGCACCCCGCAACGGCGCCCUCGUCCUCCCCAUCGUCGUCGACAAGUCGCCCGCCAUGGUCGUCUCGCUCCUCGCGGCGUCCCUCGCCGGCUACGGCUACCUCGCCCUCGAGCCGUCGUUCCCCGCCGCCCGCAAGGAGGGCAUCUGCGCCGAGCUCGCCGACAAGGGCAUGCUCGCGAGCGCUGCGCUCGUCCAGGGCACCGACGGCGAGCGCGCGCGGUGGGAGCGCAUGACGCGCGACGGCGACAGCAGCUCGGCGAAGCCGCUCUUCCGUGCCGUCGUCGACCCGGCCGAGCUUCUCGCGCCGCUCCUCGACUUUGCGGCCGCGCACGAGUCGUCAUCGGCGGCGGCGGGCGACGAGCUCGCGCGGCGGUUCCCGGUCCCGAGCGUCGAGGGCGUCGGCGGGUGGCCGCUCGUCGAGGAGGACGACCUCGCGUACGUCAUCUACACGAGCGGGACGACGGGCAAGCCCAAGGGCAUCAUGGUCGAGCAGCGCAACGUCGCCGCCUUCUUGAGGAACUACCGCGGCGUGUUUGGGCGAGCACGAGGAGAGCGAGUCCUCCAGUUCCCGUCCUACUCGUUCGACGUCUCGGUCAUGAACAUCUGGGACACGUUCGCCCACGGCGCCACCCUGUGCCUCACGACGCCCUCGUCGCUCUACUCGUCCCUCGCCGACUCGAUCCUCGCCCUCGAGUGCACCCUCGUCGACUUGACGCCGACGAUCGGUGCCAUACUGUUCGAGCACGACGAGGCGCAGUCGCGCGAGGGCGAGUCGGUCCGAGACGCGUGGCGCAGGGCCGGAUUCAAGAUCAAGCAGGUCAACACGGGCGGCGAGAAGGUCGAGAAGGCCGUGAGGGACAAGUGGCGCGAGCGAGGCGUGCGCGUGUGCAUCGACUAUGGGCCGACCGAGACGACCGUCGGCGUCAUCUCGAACCAGUCGCUCUCGCCCUCGCCUCCUGCGCCCUUUUCGCUCCCCAUCGGCCGCCCGACCGGCUCGACCCGCAUCCACAUCCUCCCGCCCUCGUCUUCCACCUCGUCCCCCUCGUCCCUGCGCCCUCUUCCCCUCGGCUGCAUCGGCGAGAUCUGCGUCCUCGGCGCCCAGGUCACGCGCGGCUACGUCCGCGCCGAGCUCAACGCCGGCGUCUUUGUCGCGUCCGACGGGUCCGAGGGCAUCGGCGAGAAGGGCGAGGUCGUGUACCGCACCGGCGACCUCGGGCGGUGGGUCGUCGCCGAGUGGGAGGGCGAGGGGGAGCAGGAAGGGUGGAUCGAGUGCCUCGGGAGGAAGGACGGCCAGGUCAAGGUCAACGGGCUGCGCAUCGAGGUCGGCGAGAUCGAGGAGAACCUGUCGUCCAAGGCCAACCCGGCCGUCUCGCGCGGCAUCGUCGACAAGGUCGAGCUUCCCUCGCUCGGCACCGCCCUCGUCGCCUUCCUCGAGCUCUCGCCGUCCUUCCGCCCGCCGUCGUCGACCACCGCCGAGGCGCACCACUCGCACUCGGCCGGCGCCAUCGAGAUCAUGCCGCUCACCUCGACCUCGACUUUCGCCGACCUCACCGAAGACCUCAAGGCCCGACUCGCCGACAAGCUCCCGGGCUACAUGGUCCCGCGGUACUGGCUCGCCGUCAACCGCAUCCCGACCCAGGGCAUGGGCAAGGCCGACCGCAAGGCGCUGCGCUCGCUCGCCGAGGCCUUCGACUUUCGCGGCGCGACUCGCGCUCAGCGCCCGUCCACGUCGAACGGCACGACCGAGCUCGUCGAGGACGACGAGCGCACGCACACGCGCUCGCCGGCGUUCGACGCGGCGCGCCGAGCGUGGGCCAAGAUCCUGCGCCUCGCCGACGAGGACGGUGCGGCGUCGAUCGCCGACCAGGACAGCUUCACCAAGCUCGGCGGCGACUCGAUCCGGUUCAUGAAGCUCGUCGGCGCGCUGCGGGCCGAGGGCUACCGCCGUGUCACGUUCCGCGACCUCGCCGAGGCGGCGACGCUUUCUGCGUGCGCCGCUGCGCUCGAGCGCGUCGGCGCCGACAGCGCCGGACCCGCCGAGAACGGCACGUCGACGACCGCCGCGCCGGUCGACACGCCGUACGAGCGCUUCUCGCUCAUCCCCGCCGCGCAGCACGACGCCCUGUUCGCCGAGCUCGCGACCUCGAGCCCUCCCCUUCCUCGCGCCCGCAUCGCCGACGUCUACCCGACCUCGCCCGCGCAGGACGCGCUCCUCGCCCCGUCGUUCGACUCGCCUCGAGGGCACUACUACGCCCAGGCCGUGUACGCCGUCCCUGUCGUCGAGGCCCAGCUCCCGCUCGACAAGCUCCAGAGGUGCGUGCGCGAACUCGUUCGGCGGCACGACGUCCUGAGGGAGGUGUUCGUCGUGAGCGAGACGCUCGAGCGCACGAUCGCGGUCGUGCUCGAGGCGGAGGAUGAGGAGGUGAGGCGGCAGGUCGAGAUCGAGCGGGUCGAGGUGCGAGAGGGCGAGAAGGUGGACGAGGUCGUCGGGGACUGGCUCCGCCGCGACCGCGAGGCGCACUCGUUCCAGUGGGGCCGCCUCUCGCUCUCGUUCGCUCUCUUUUCGCUCAUCAACGGCGAUCGCAAACUUGCCUGGAGCAUGCAUCACGCCAUGAGCGACGGCUGGACGCUCGAGCUCCUCACGGCCGACCUGCGCGACCUGUGCUUCGGCCUGUCGCCGCCUAGUCGCCCGUCGUUCGGCAACGUCGCCGGCUGGUGGCUCGGCGAGUCGUCGCCGCCGCAAGACACGGUCGACUUUUGGCGCGGCUACCUCGACGGCGCGCGUCCGCUCGGCUGGCCGUCGCAGGCUCCGCUCGACGGCGACAUGCUCGCGACGACGGGUGCCGCCAUCCAGCAUUGGUCGGGCGAGCUCGACGCCUUGUCCCACAAGCACGGCAUCACGCCCGCCAUCGCGAGCCGGGUUGCCAUCCUCGUCGCGCUGCAGCACCACGCCCAGUCGAGCGACGUCAACGUCGGCAUCGUGCGCUCGGGCCGCGACAUCGACGUUGUCGACGCCGACGAGAUCAUCGGGCCUUGCGUCUCGGUCCUCCCGUCGCGCAUCCGGUUCGACGAGUCGCGCUCGUCGUCGCUCCUGUCGCUCGCUCGCGCCGAGGCCGAGGCCGACCGUCGCGCCCGCCUGCACCAGCACGUGACGCUGUCGCAGCUCGCGUCCGUGUGCGACCUCGCCGGUGGGCGCGCCGACCUGUUUGACAUCCUCGUCACGUUCCAGUCGCUCGCCGAGCGGGACCCGGCGUUCGACGAAGCCGCGCCGUGGCCGAUCCGCCAGCCGCCCGAGCGCAUCCACAUGCCAACCAACUACACGCUCUCGUUCGAGGUGACGCCCGAGAUGCACGACAAGGACCGCCUCGAGCUCGCGUGCUUCUUCGACGAGCGCAUCGUCGACCAGGCCGAGGUCGAGGCCGUGCUCAAGAGCGUCGCGACCGUGCUCGACUACCUCACGACGGCGCCGUGCACGACUGUCGAGGACGUCAAGCUCGUCGGCGAUGCGGCGAGCGACCUCGCGCGGGCCAAGCGGGCGACGACGAGUGACGCGGCGGCGAGGGCCGGGUCUGCUGCUGCUCCGCCUGUCGAGCUCGACGGCGAAACGGUCGAGUACGUCGAGCGGCUCAAGAGGGAGUGGGCGGCGGUGCUCAGGGUGGACGAGGGCGAGAUCGGCGCUCACGACAGCUUCAGCUCCCUGGGCGGCGAUUCGAUCUCGACGAUGCGGCUGGCGGUGCGGCUCAAGAAGGUCGGGCUCGCGGUCCCGACGCAGCAGCUCUCGAAGUUGCCGACGGUCGCCCAGCAGGCACAGUGGCUGCGCCAGAAGGCGGCUCAGUAGACUUGGAUAGACGUAGAAUGCAUCAUCCGCGCAUCAGAUCC